AUGGCAAACAUCACAGUCAGCGCCAGCAACGUCACAGUAUCACAAAUCAACAAGGGAGUGCCGGCAAAAGCUGCCCUGUCCAUGACACCGUGUUUUUUCUUCCUCUACAUUAAUGUUGUCAUGUUAAUCACCCUGAGGAGUAAGGCCAUCUUCCGAGACACCUCCCGGUACAUCCUCUUCACCAACAUGCUGUUCGCUGACUCUCUGAACCUGGUGUACUGCAUGUUGAUGUAUAUCUUUGCCAUCAUCAGGCUGUACAUGCGCAGCAUUGUGUGUGCCCUUGUGAUGCUUGCUGGGGCUGUUAUCGCUCUUAUCUCCCCACUCAGCUUGGCCAUGAUGGCUUUGGAGCGGUACAUCGCCAUCUGCUUCCCCCUCAGGCAUGCUGAGAUCACCAUGUGCAGGAGGACGGGCGUGGCCAUUGCCAUUGUGUGGGCGCUGGGCUCAGUGCAGGCUUUCACCAACCUGAUUUUGCUCCUUAUUUCAGGACCACUUGUCUCCACAUUGGACUUCUGCUCAGGAUUAUCCAUGCCUGGAAUGGAGGCGUACACGGACGUAAAUAAUGCAUUCACAAUCAUCUACUUCCUGUCAGUGGGGCUCACCAUUGUUUACACGUACAUUGGCAUUGUUGUGGCUGCGAGAUCAGCUUCCUCAGACAAAUGUUCAGCUGCUAAGGCCCACAGGACAGUAUUGCUGCAUCUGAUUCAGCUGGGCCUUUGUCUGUCCUCCAUCCUCUUUGACAGCAUUAUUGCACUAGUGCGUGCACACUUGGACCUAUUUGCUGCUUUAAACGUGCAGUAUGUCAUGUUCCUGGGGCUGAUCAUCUUCCCCAGAUGUCUGAGCCCACUCAUAUAUGGGCUGAGAGAUCAGACCUUCAGGCCCCUUUUUCUAUACUACUUCAGUUUUGGUUUCUGUGCCAGUAAUUAA